AUGUUGCUCAAAUCAGUCCUGACGUCCGCUCUCCUAGCACUUUCGCUAGGAUCGGAUGUGGCAACAGCUGUAAAGCAUGGACGCUUCGCAGAGAAAUCUCGUGCGCCACAGGAGAAGGCGAAACGAGCAAUUGAAGCUCGUAACCACCACCACGAGAAAUCAGAUGAGAGCUAUCGUUUCUUGAACAAGAAGACUAAGCCAUACUUGGUGGACUCGCUGCCCGAUGUUCCGUUCGAUAUCGGCGAGAUGUAUUCCGGUCUGGUGCCGAUUGAUAUGGAUAAUAGCUCGAGAGCGCUGUUUUUUAUUUUCCAACCUACUAUCAACGAGCCUGUCGACGAAGUAACCAUCUGGCUUAACGGGGGCCCGGGGUGUAGUUCGAUGGAGAGUUUCUUGCAGGAGACUGGCCGGUUCUUAUGGCAGCCUGGUACUUUUGCUCCGGUGGAAAACCCGUAUGCUUGGGUUAAUCUGACCAACGUGCUGUGGGUCGACCAGCCUGUCGGAACAGGCUAUUCUAUCGGCACGCCUACCGCCGACUCCCAGGAAGAAACAGCACAGGACUUUGUCAAGUUCUUCAAAAACUUCCAGAAAAUCUUUGGGAUCAAGAACUUUAAGAUCUAUGUCACUGGUGAGAGUUAUGCCGGAAGAUAUGUGCCCUAUAUCUCGGCUGCAAUGCUGGAUGAAGAUGACAAGGAGUACUUUGAUCUUGAUGGUGCAUUGGCAUAUGACCCAUGCAUUGGACAAUUCGACUACGUGCAGGAACAAGUGCCUGUUGUCCCCUUUGUCCAGGAGAACGCAAACCUAUUCAACUUCAAUAAAUCCUUGAUGGCAGAGCUAGAAGCGAAGCAUAAAUCCUUCCAGCCGCCUAAAAUGUUCAAUUACACCUCGGACGCUGAUUGCGACCUGUUCGAUCUUGUCUACAAUGAAAUCUUCCACAUCAACCCAUGCUUCGAUCUCUAUGAGAUAAACCUGAUGUGCCCGCUCCUCUGGGACGUCCUCGCCUUCCCCACCUCCCUCGACUACCAAGCACCAGGAGCAAGCGUCUACUUCGACCGCGCAGACGUCAAGCGCGCUCUACACGCACCUAAAAGGGACUGGCACGGAUGCUCCGUAGACCCAGUGUUCAUCGGCGGCGACGCCGGCCCAGAGCAAGAAGGCGACAUUUCAGCAAACCCCAUUGAACACGUCUUGCCGCAGGUAAUCGAAGCCACCAAUCGCGUCCUUAUUAGCAACGGCGACUUUGACAUGGUUAUCAUCACCAACGGUACGCUCCUAGCUAUCCAAAACAUGACCUGGAACGGCCAUCUUGGGUUCCAGGAGAAGCCCGAAACGGCGAUCGAUAUCAAAAUGGUAGAUCUCAUGUACGCCGAUGUCUUUGCUGAGAAUGGUGCUUCCGAGCUGGAUGGUCCCCAGGGGAUUAUGGGGAUUCAGCAUUAUGAGCGUGGCUUGAUGUGGGCUCAGAGUUAUCAGGCUGGUCAUAUGCAGCCUCAGUAUCAGCCUCGCGUGGCUUAUCGUCAUCUCGAAUGGGUGCUCCGGCGCACGGAGGAACUCUAA